GCCGUUCUGAUUGUAUCGCGCUAACAGCAGCGAGAGUGAAGGUUGAUAACACUGACGCACGAAGCUAAACGGUUUAUAUGCUGUGUGCUGCGGGUCACUCGAAGGACACUGGUCACUUGUCCUGGAGAUAUAAUCUGGACUGGACACUUGUACGCUGUUACGUAUGUCUGACAGGGUCUUACUCUUAACGCUGAAUGUCUUGGCUGUAAGCGUGACCGGACUUGAAAUCGCAAGGAACAAUUGCUUUCUGCAAAAGUGAGCACGGGUCGUGUUUUUGAUUUACCCAUUGCACAAUACAACCCGGAAUUAAAGGGAGUCGUGUCCAGCCUUCGAAUAUUUGAAAGAAACUGUGUUGUGUAUAUUCCAACGUCAGUAUCUUACAUCUUUGGAUUACAAUCAUCUUGUUAUAAUCAAGGAUUUUGGAAAGACCAUUUUCAACGCAGAAAAUAUGAGUUUGAAGAAUAUAUGUUUCGGAUAUGUUGUUCAAGAGAUAGAUAUCGUAGUUAUCACAUCUGAUUGAAGGAAUUCAGAUCCACCUUCAGUCAUGCCUGGCGCAAAGACUGUCUCCCGAUCACCGCAGGAUCGUCGUAGUCGACUCAGACGUAUCAACAACCAGUUACAUACGUCGGGGAGUCGUUUACCACGACUUAAAGAUUCUGACCCCCAAGAAAGUCGCCUACCAAGACCUGUGAAUAACCUACCCCGAGAACGAAGUCUACAAAAACACUCCGGUGUGGACCCAACGGGAUUGGAUACCAUUGAAGCUACGUCCCCAAGUAAAUUGGCAUGGGACUCUCCUAAACCAGCGAUGACAGAACGGACUGGAUUACAGAGGGUUUAUCUUGAAGGGCUGGAGUUUCUUCAGGGCAAGAUCAACGAGGUCGAGGUCGAGCUUACUAAUGUCAAGGUCACGUACUACCAAUGUAAAGAGGUAUCAGACGACAGCUUCGAGGAGUACCUAAAGCGGUGUGACAGUAAUUUUCUUCAGGGCAACAAUGAUUUGCGAAAACAUAAUCAGAAACUUGAGGUGAUAGACGCCGAGAUGAGGAUUGUGACCCUCCUGAACCAGCUGAGGGAGUUGGCAGGUGACCCUGACACCAUCAUGUUCUUAACUGAAUACUGGGACAAUGUGAAGUCAACGACCGACAGCCUUAGAGCUCUUCUUCACACGUUUCAACAGACCGUCCUCAACAGACUCAAAAUGAAUUGUAUCAGUUACCACGAUUCCACCGUUCAGUUAGACGUCAGUGUUAAAUAUACGGACGAUAUAUCAGGCUAUCUGACUAGUAUAGAAAAAAUCCUGACGAACACUCAGAUUCUUGUUAAAAGUUUCAAUGGCGGCCUUCAUCAAGAUUUAUACGACACAACCGGGUUUUCAGAAAGGAUUCUUGUUUCCUGUGAUCUCAAAGCCUUUCCUAUUCUGAGGUUCGUGAGUGACGUGACUUCCAAGAUUGAAACCAUGUGUGAUCUCGCGCGUCAGUGGAUUCAGCGAGACGAGACUUACAUGUACGAGAUCAACAACUACAUCAAGCAGACGAGAUCCAUCACGAAAAGGCGGGAAGACGAUCUGCGCAGCCAGAAACUGAAGCAUAAGAGAAUUGGGAAAACCGUGAAAUCUUCUUACCUCAUGCUCCAGAACAACCGGGAAAAGCUUCAGAAGAUUGAGACAGAGCUGAACUGUCUAGAGGGACAGCUGGAAGGGACUCAGAACGAGAAGAAGUGUAAACAUGUGGAAAAACAACAGAAGGAAAGCAUGGUAGACUUUCUAAAAAUUACACUUUCGCAAACGAAACGGAAUUACGCACUACAGAUGAAGAGAUCCAAGCUUUUGAGGCAGGUUAAAGAACUGGAACAGUUUCUGGGAGAAAUUGAAAAAGAAUUGACCAAGAUUGAGGACGAUAUCGUGGUGAAGGCGCAGGAAAAGGUACUCCUGGAGGAGAAGGUUGAAGUGGGUGAGAAAUCGUACAGCUCCUUGAAAUGUGAUAUGGAUAAGUUCAGCGAGAAUUUGAGUAAGUUGGAGCAUGAGGUGACGGAUCUGUCUGGCCAGCUUCUGCAGUUGGAGAUUAUACACACCUUCAAAACUAGUCCGGAGAAGAUCGAGGAGAUCUACGACAGACCCUCCACUGUCAAACUAGCCCCCUCACUCAAGGAAAAGAUUCAGAGGAAGCGAAAGAUGCAAAAACCGAGUUGACUGCAUUCGGCACCACUCGUCCCAUUCCGUCAAAUGUAACGUGCCCGUUCGGAAUGGAACGAGUGGUCAUUGGUGGUUGUUUACAUAGUGCGCAUGCGUAAAUAUUCUCAUUAGACCUGGUGACACCCGUCGCUGAAACUGACAGACCAAUGUUGCCAAAUGUUUUGUACGCAGUGAACAAUUUAAUUUCUGAGAGAUUUUUUUCAGUAAGGAUUUCGAUUCAUGUCCGUGAUUUCUUUACAAAAUCACACACUUCCGAUGUGAGCCGAAAGAUAUCCUCGCUAUCAAGUUGAUUUUGGAACCCUCUCCAGUGUGGUUCAAACACUCAGGGUGUGUGACAGGUUUUGUAUGUCAUUGUAAAGACUGACAAUAGACUCUUGUGAGACCUGUGUGCCAUGUAUAAAAUGUCGGAGGCUUUAUUCCAUCGACUUACUGAAUUUUCAAGAUGGCGGAUUAACCAAGUAUUUUCAAUAAUUUACGUUAGAAGACACACUGAAAGCGAAUUUUAAAUUUUGGAAACGAGUUUACCUGCAGUGAAACCUUGUUGCCCCAAAGCGGUUAUUUAGCGACGAUUUUUAUAAGUCCUCCAGAUCUUUGUGUCUUGCUGUCUACCGUGUAAAACAGCAUUCACCUAGUCAAUAGAGAGUCUAUAGGCUGCAUAGCAUGUGACAAUGGACAAUCAGUGUAUUUCCUAUUACUGAUAGCUAAAUAGAUGCUAUAGUACUCUGAACAUAGGCGUAAACAGGUUUCACUGUAGGAAGUAUAAAUAUCAACAUGCACCGUAUUUCCUCAAUUAAAGGCGGUGAUCGAGUACCAUUGCCAGUUGCCCUAAUUGAAGUCGGACCGUCGAGCCUGGUCCCGGAUCCACAAAGCUUUCGUAGCGUUACGACAUUCGCCAGCCUAUGGUAAACCACAGAGUUACGACAGGUUGUAACGUUACGAACGUUUUUUGGAUCGUGACCCUUGUCUCCAAUGGACCCCGGGUCCAUCAUUUGAUAUGAAUUAAUUAUCCCUAUCACAUCAACAUACGGCAUGUGUGAGUUCCCACGUUGAGGAAAUACGGUGUGUACGUUUAUACAGACACGUGGUUCAUGUUUAGGCAGUACACAUUGGCCAUGGAUGUAAACGAGAUGAUGUUUAACUAGAUUGUCGUUCCUUAUUAAACCUUGUUUACACAAGGUA